CUGACCGCCCAUAGCUUCCUGCCGCCUCCGGCCCCUCGUUAUGUAAAUCCAGUCGCAUACGCUGCCGGCACAUCGAAUGGUCUACCAGUCCCCAUAACUGAAGUUAUCAAUGUUAUAAAACAUCCAGAAGGAGGUUGCCCUUUGCAGGUUGGUGAAGGGACAUAUGAACUUAGGGAGGACGUUCAUCUCGCUACGCCGCCGCCACACCCUUCCGAACCACCUUUGAUAAAUCCAAAUCCUUUAGCCACCGGUCUUACUCCACCAACCGUUGGUGUGAAGCUCUCUCUUGCUUAUAUUAAACCAUCUGGAAAUGGAGCUCAGCUCUACAAGACCAACACACGAACAAGCAUAGCAUCGGACUUAAGAAGCGUCAAUGAGAGCGAUAGUGCUGGCCGCCCCUCUAGCGAACCCCAUGUAAACACGUCUAAUCAGGCUCCACCAUUCGGUGAGGGCAGCCUUGCCCUUGCUAACAGUGGAGGAAAAGAAACAGCAGGGUCAAAGAGAAGGAAACCGAAGAACAGUAUCCAGAAGAGUGGUUCCUCGUUCAUUUCGCGGGUUAUACUCCAAGAUGCAAUGCUAAAGAAGGUUGCUGAGCGAACUCAUAAAAGUCCCUUUGUGUUCGCCAAUCUCAACCGAUCCUUUCAAUGGCUGGACUAUUCAGCUACCAACAAGCACGAAUUUCUGACGAAGAUCCUUUUCACAAGGGCACAUAUUCUUAGUCACGAUGUGAAUCAGAUAACUAAAAGUAUGAAUCAUCUGGAUCUAGCCAUGGGAUCUUCGGCAGGUGAUAUUUUAUGGUAUGAACCCUUCUCGCAAAAGUACUCCCGGAUCAACAAAAACGGUGCUAUAAGAAAUGCCCCAGUAAAUCACAUUAAAUGGAUUCCGGGGUCUGAGAAUUGGUUCCUAGCUGCACACGCAGACGGAUGCCUAGUGGUAUAUGAUAAGGAGAAAGACGAUUCACCAUUCACCCCCGAAGAGUCAGACAAUACUACCGUGUCUUCUAGCGAUGGAAGCCAAAGUGAUACCCAUUCAUCCUUGUUUAAAAUUUUGAAAUCAGUCAACUCCAAAAACCAGCGAACCAACCCGGUUGCUGUUUGGAAAUUAUCCAACCAAAAAAUCAACAAUUUUGCAUUUUCUCCAGAUCACCGACAUUUGGCUGUGGUUUUAGAGGACGGAACGCUGAGAAUAAUUGACUAUCUAAAGGAAAAGUUACUUGACUUAUAUACAAGCUACUAUGGAGGCUUAAUCUGCGUGUGCUGGUCACCCGAUGGAAAAUAUAUACUGACGGGCGGUCAAGAUGAUCUGGUAUCAAUCUGGUCCUUCCCGGAGCGUAAAAUCGUUGCUCGCUGUCAAGGACAUAACUCUUGGGUGUCAUGCGUUGAGUUUGACCCAUGGCGAUGUGAUGACCGAACUUACAGAUUUGGCAGUGUUGGCGAUGAUUGUCAGCUUCUUCUAUGGGAUUUCAGCGUAGCCAUGCUACAUCGUCCCAAGGCGGUUACUGCACGCCAUAGAAGCAGCCCGCAGUCUCCUAGCAACCGGCCGCAUGCAGACAGCCUUACUACACGAAACAUGCGAUCUGAUUCUCUUCGACCUGGAGAGGGCGAGUUUGACCAGACAACUAUAGUACACCCUGUCGAGCUGUGGUCAAGGACAGCACAACUUCCGCCAAUCAUGUCAAAAGCCAUAGGGGAGGAUCCGAUAGCUUGGUUGGUAUUUUUGCAAGAUUCUAUAAUGACUUCCUCACUUGAAGGACAUAUUCGGACUUGGGAUCGCCCAAGUGAAACUGCGGGUGAACCGAAUGCUUCCGCAGCCGGUUCGUCCGUAGCCGUUGGGUCACUUCCCCGAUCUAUGGAUGGGACACAGAACCCGUAG